UACUGUUCUAACUAAUCCCAGUUUCAAAAUAUCCAUUUAUUUCUUUAAUAAUUGUAAAAAAAAUUCCGCAACCUUGGAAUGGUCCAUUGUUGGUCACACUGUAAAAGAAACACGUUGCAGCAAGUGCGUAUUUUCCCCACUCACAAGGAAAUAAGAGCAUUACACAGGAUGUCGAAACCAAUCGUGUUUGUAACCGGAAAUGCAAAGAAACUGGAAGAGUUCGUGGCCAUCCUCGGGAAGAAAUUCCCUUUAGAGAUCACUAGUAAAAAGAUUGAUCUUCCGGAAUACCAGGGAGAAAUGGACGACAUUUGUCGCAAUAAAUGUCGUGCUGCAGCGGAUUUAGUAAAAGGGCCAGUUAUCAUCGAAGACACCUGCUUAUGUUUCAAUGCAAUGAAGGGCUUGCCGGGUCCCUACAUUAAAUGGUUCCUAGAUAAAUUAGGUCCAGAGGGUUUACAUCGGAUGCUUCACGGUUGGGAGGACAAAACAGCAGACGCGGUUUGCACUUUUGCCUACUGUGCCGGCGAACCGAAGGAUCCUGUUUUACUGUUUCAAGGCCGAACACAAGGGACCAUCGUGAGUCCUCGAGGACCACGGGACUUCGGUUGGGACGCUUGCUUCCAGCCUCUGGACAGGGACAAAACGUACGCGGAAUUACCGAAAGAAGAGAAAAAUCAGAUCUCUCAUCGCAGCAGAGCACUAGAGAAAUUGAAGGACUAUUUUCUGAAGGAAAUUAAGCAUUGAUUAGACAGUUUGUUUUCAGACUGCGAGCAGUAUUAAUUUAAUAAU